UGGUUAUUAAGAUGGCGGCGGCGGGCUGGGUUCCACCACCGCAGUGUAAGUGAGCGUUGAGUCGGUCGUUAUGUUGCUGAUGCUCCGCUUCCCGCCCGGCUGCUGCCGAGUGCUGGGGGUUUUACUGCGGCUCCAAGCGGCGGGUAGGCGGAUCCCCGCAGCGGGGAAGUGUCGGCGGAGCGCCAGCACCGAGGCUGGGGGCCGGUACCGCUGCUAUGGCCUGAGCCACCGGCAGCUGCUGCGGCUCCAGGGCAGGGACGCCGGCGCCUUCCUGCAGGGUCUGGUCACCAACGACGUGGAGGCUGUGGUGAGCGGGCCCUGCGACUCGCUCUACUGUCACCUGCUUAACUUGCAGGGGAGGACCAUGUUCGAUGUGAUCCUCUACAGGUUGCACAAAAGCCGUGAUGAAGAGCCAGCGGUCCUCCUGGAAUGUGAUGCCACGCUGCUUGAUGCUGUUCAGAAACAUUUAAAAGUUUAUAAAAUUAGGAGGAAAGUGGGCAUAUCUCCUUGUCCUGAUCUUUCCGUGUGGACAAUACUCCCAUUUGAACAGUCAACCAAAACUGGCAGUGCUUUAGCAGUAAAUACAAAGAAGGUGGUGGCGUGCACCCGUGAUCCUAGAACUGAUGCCAUGGGAUGGCGGUUGGUGUUGAACAAGAUCGACAACCCGUUAGACAUUGUCCCAGACAGUCAUUUAGGCGAUAUCCAGGACUACCAUAGAUAUCGGUACAAGAUAGGAAUUGCUGAAGGUGUGAAGGACCUCCCAUUUGGAGAAGCAAUACCCCUGGAAUCCAACCUAGUUUACAUGAAUGGGAUCAGUUUCACCAAAGGCUGUUACAUCGGGCAAGAGUUAACAGCUCGGACUCACUACACAGGCGUGAUUAGGAAAAGGUUGAUGCCAAUCCAACUGGACAACCCUUUGCCCCCUGACAGUGUUCCUGAAAAAGCGCAGGUUGUGACUGAAUCUGGAAAGUCAGCUGGCCGGCUCAGAAGCUAUGCGGGCGAUGUUGGUUUAGCCAUGGUUCGACUGGCCUUCGCAAAUGAACCACUUCAUCUGCGCACAACGGGUGAUGCUCGUGUGCAGCUGAAGGCAUCAGUUCCAGAUUGGUGGCCAAAUGAUGAAAAUAAAUAAAUGAAUAUAUGUUUUAUACCAAG